AUGUCUUCCCCCGAUGCGAAGCCCCUGCCUUUCGUCUACCAGUUUGCGGCUGGUGCCGUGGCUGGUGUGUCAGAAAUCUUGAUCAUGUACCCGCUGGACGUCGUCAAAACCAGGAUACAGCUUCAGACCGGAAAGGCCACGGGUGAGGAUGCCUACAAUGGUAUGCUGGACUGCUUCCGCAAAAUCGUGAAGAAUGAAGGCGCCUCGAGGCUGUACCGCGGAAUCAGUGCGCCUAUUCUUAUGGAGGCACCGAAGAGGGCCACGAAAUUCGCCGCAAACGACUCGUGGGGUACCUUCUACCGCAACCUAUUUGGCCAGGCCAAGAUGAACCAGUCUCUCUCCAUUCUCACCGGUGCGACAGCCGGUGCGACCGAGGCCUUUGUUGUCGUUCCCUUCGAGCUCGUCAAGAUCCGUCUCCAGGACAAGGCCCAGGCGCACAAGUACAACGGCAUGGUGGACUGUGUCACCAAGAUCGUCAAGCAGGAGGGCCCUCUCACCCUCUACCAGGGCCUCGAGUCGACCAUGUGGCGCCACAUUCUCUGGAACGCUGGGUACUUUGGCUGCAUCUUCCAGGUUCGCGCUCUCCUGCCCGCAGCAAAAGACAAGAAGGGCCAGAUCACCAACGACCUGCUGUCUGGUGCCGUGGGUGGUACUGUCGGCACCAUCCUGAACACUCCCAUGGACGUUGUCAAAUCGCGCAUUCAAAACUCAUCAAAGGUCGUAGGCACAGUGCCCAAAUACAACUGGGCAUUUCCCGCUCUCGGCACAGUUUUCCGCGAAGAGGGUUUCGGUGCCCUCUACAAGGGCUUCACACCCAAGGUGCUGAGAUUGGGCCCAGGUGGUGGUAUUCUGCUCGUUGUCUUCACUGGCGUCAUGGACUUCUUCCGCAGCAUGCGCGAGGGAAAGUAG